AUGCCUUGGACAUCCAUGCUUAUUUAAAUUCCCAGAGUUGGUCUGCCAAAUGAAACGCAUGCAUUUAGCUUCUACUUGUCAAACGUUGGCAAAGAUAAUCCUCAGGGAAGCUUUGACUGUGUCCAGCAGAUGGAUUCAAGUUCUGGAGCCUCGCAACUUAGUUGCCUGGGACUUAUAAAGAAUCAAAUUGCAGUAUGUCCAUCAAGGGAUUCGUAUCAGACGACCAGAGAGCGCAUGACCCAGGCGGAAGAGGAGUCGCGUAAUCGAAGUGCAAAGGGUAUUAAACCUGGUGGACCAUCUGUAGGGAGAAGAGCACAGGUCAGAAAAGCACCCCUAAGCAUUCCAGAUGUUGUUCCUCAGAGGAAGAGGUCAACCCCCAUUAACCUGGCCAGCACCAUCCGGAGGACUCAGACCCAGAGCUCCGUGUCCCAGCGGCCCUACAGGGACAGGGUGAUUCACCUCCUGGCCCUGAGGAGCUACAAGAAACCAGAGUUACUUGCUCGCUUGCAUAAAGAUGGUGUCAACCAAAAGGACAAGAAUUCCCUUGGAAUUAUUCUUCAGCAGGUAGCCAACCUGAACCCAAAGGAUAAUUGUUACACUCUGAAGGAUUAUUUAUUUAAAGAAAUUCAAAAAGAUUGGCCUGGAUACAAUGAAAUAGAUAAACAGUCAUUGGAGUUAAUGCUUUCUAGAAAAUUAAAUUCAUCUCAGAAUGCCAGCAGCACCAGCCGUUUGGAAUGUUCUGUAACUCCUGACAAAGAUGCUCUAUCAAACACUUCCCAGAAACGGGUUUUGAAUUCUGUUUUCACUGACCCCCUGAUGCACAAGAAGCAGAGGAUCUAUCCCCUGCCCAGCCGGAUCCCCCCACUCUUCCGGGGUCACCCCUGUGCCCCCACUGAGACCCUCACUGCCGCCCGCCCGCCGCCUCCCGCACCCUUUCCUGCUUCCAACCCUCCUCAAACUGCCAGCUCCAUCUCCCCCAGCACCCCUGAGGGAAGAGGGACACAAGACCUGCCACUGGAUGUCUUCAGUCAAAACAGCAGGAGGACCCACGAGGACCAGCAACAAAAAGAUACCUCUGAAACCCCUCUGGGGAUCCCGGCGCCUGCUUCCCUGCCCGAGAAGCCUCCCAAGUCCGUGGGCCACCAACACCAACAGCCUGAGAAGAGAAAAGAGCAUGAGGAGGAGAAAAGCACAGUGCAGGACACUUUGGGUGUGAGCAAGGAGAAAGGCCUUGAAAAAGAAGAAACUGCCAAGCUGAAAAAAUCCUCCCAGUUGGAUUCAGAUGAAGGAGUUAAAGAAACUUGCACUGCCUCCAAAGAUCCUCCCUCACCAAGUGAUGACUUCUUAAUAAAAUAUGUGCCCAUCGUGUCCUAUGAGCAGCGCCAGAGCUACAAGGAUGACUUCAAUGCAGAGUAUGAUGAGUACAGGAGCCUGCACGCCCGGAUGGAGAGUGUCACCAGGAGGUUCAUGGAGCUGGAUGCGCAACGGAAGCUGCUUCCUCCAGGGUCCAAGGAAUACCAGAUGCUUCAUGAGGAAGUCUUGGAAGAGUAUCAGAAAGUGAAACAGUCCACCCCCAACUACUAUGAGGAGAAAUACAGGUGUGAGUAUCUCCACAACAAGCUGUCUCACAUUAAGAGGCUGAUAGGGGAGUUUGACCAACAGCAAGCAGAGCCAUGGCACUAG